GGCGCGACUCCGCGUCACAGCGCCGGGCGGCGGUGGGGAGAUGCGGCUGCUGGCACUGGCGGCGGCCGUGCUGCUGGCGCGGGCUCCGGCCCCGGCCCUGGAGGUCUGUGGGGCCCUCAAUGUCACCGUGACCCCGGGGCCUGUGGUGGACUACUUGGAGGGGGACAAUGCCACUCUUCUCUGCCACGUUUCCCAGAAGAGGCGGAAGGACAGCUUGCUGGCCGUGCGCUGGUUCUUUGCGCGCCCCGACUCCCAGGAGGCCUUGAUGGUUAAGAUGACCAAGCUGCGUGUGGUACAGUACUAUGGGAAUUUCAGUCGCAGCGCCUACCGGCAGAGGCUGCGCCUCCUGGAGGAGCGGCGGGGGGCGCUUUACAUGCUGUCUGUUCUGACCCUCCAGCCAGCCGAUCAGGGGCAUUACGUCUGCAAAGUCCAGGAAAUCAGCAAGCACAGGAAUAAGUGGACAGCCUGGUCCAAUGGCUCCUCAGAGACAGAAAUGAGAGUGAUUUCCCACAAAGCUUCUGAAGAUUCAUCCUUUGAAAAAAAGAAAGAGACUUGGGCAUUUUUUGAAGAUCUGUAUGUGUAUGCCGUGCUUGUGUGCUGUGUGGGCAUUCUCAGCGUCCUGCUCUUCACCCUGACCAUCAUCUGGCAGUCUGUGUUUAACAAGAGGAAGUCCAGAGCGAGACAUUAUUUGAUGAAAUGCCCUCAGAACAGUUCAGGGGAGACUGUCACCAGCAUGACCAGCUUGGCCCCGCUGCAGCCCAAGAAGGGCAAGAGAAGGAAGGAGAAGGCUGAUGUUCCUCCUGCUGUCCCUGCCAAAGUUCCCAUAGCUGCCACGUUCCAUAAACCGAAGUUGCUGAAACCACAAAGGAAAGUCACCCUGCCAAAGAUUGCUGAGGAAAACUUGACCUAUGCUGAGCUGGAGCUGAUCAAACCCCACCAGGCUGCCAAAGGCAUCCCCACCAGCACUGUCUACGCCCAGAUCCUUUUUGAGGAAAACAAGCUGUAACGCCUUGUCCUCUUCUGUGGUCCUAUUUAAUACAUGCCCCCCCCCCAGUUAUUUAUGAAACCUUAUUUUUGUAUUUUCACUUGUGCCUUCUGUGUGGUGGGGAGCCCCUCCCCUGUGGCAUUCCAGGUGCCUUCAGAGAGGUACGAGGCUCUUCUCUGCAAAAGAGCAGGUGCCACAGCCCUUGGACCAAUAUUCCGGGACAAGAUUUUUCUCAGUCUGAGCCCUGAGGGGUGAGUACUCUGAUUCUGAGAGCACAAGAUUCUCUGCUGAGCCAAAACCCUUCAUGUUUUCAUCUUCUUUCUCUGGGUUUUAAUUUUUUUAUCUUAAUUUUAAUCUUCUACUCUUUCUGUAUCCGUGAUAUCAAGCUUAUAGAAUAUAGCUAGAGGAAAUGCCAUUAUAGGCCAAAGUGUGAGAUGGUAGAUAUAUACUAAUUGGUUUUCAAAAGAUCAGAUAACAUUGCUAGAGCAUCCAGGGCAGAGCAAAGUGCUUAUCGCCAGCAUCUCUUGUUUUAAAUAGAUGCAUUGACCCUGGCAAUUUAAGGGCAGUCUGUGGGGAAGUCUGAGGUCUAAGUGGACAGCAACUGUCUCUGAAAACCCCAGUGCCUGUUCCCCCACCCGCCAUAUCACCCAAGACCAUAGGAUAAGUAGAGCACCAUGCUAAAGGGCUCCCACUCCUUGGGCAGCGUGGACGUAUAACUGUCAUAGAAACUUUCAUUCUCCAAGAAGUUCUUACUCAUCCUUUUCCAAAGGAGCAGGGGGAUUUGCCAUCAAUGACACACUAGAGGAAGUGUGCCUCUUGGAAGUGCCAAGGUUACCAACUCCCAACUGCAAGGCCACUCAUGUGAGAGCAGUCUUUUGCCUGGUUCCCCCAGGGUAGGAGAGUAGGAAGUCCUAGCCAGGCUGGAAAAGUGUCUCCUAAAGACCCUUGUGCUUCACAGUGCCUUGCCCAACUCACUUUGCAUGUGAAUUCUAAUGGGUUUGGGUGGGGGUCUGGCUGGGAUGUGUUGCAUACACAUAUGUGGGGAAGUUGCUCUGUGGACCCAUAAUGACAUCCAGGACCUCACUGAAGACGGAUCCACUCUUUAAAAGGGCCACCUAGUCAACUGUUGUUAAGGAUGCUUCUUUCAGUGUGAGUGCUCUCUGGGUGGUUACUUACUGCACACUACAGAAAUUGUUUGGUUUUGUAAUGGACCGUGUAUAUGCGGUAAAUUAUAUAUUUUAAACACA